UAUCGUGAUCUCCUGGACCAGUGGAGGCUUUGGUUUCAUCGAGCCGACUUCGACAUCCAUUACAAGUCGCGUCUCGUCUCUAUCCUGCUCACUUCUCCUUAUGUGCUCAGUGGUAUUAAUACCGGAGGCACCUCAGCCGGCCAACAAUCCAAAAGAAGUCAGCCAUUCACUUCGGCACACUCCUCUAUUGAUCUAUUUGCCUCUGCCGAGGACUCAGCCCGAAUGACUGGACAGUUUGCACAACCCACUUCGACAGCCCGGUCUACGCGCGUUAGCAUUGCUGGUCCUCUGCCUCCUUCAUCGCUUUCAGCUGCUUCACUUUCUUUUAUCAGUGGAGCUAGCAUCAACACUAUCUCCGGAGUUAGCACCAAUAUGUCGCGCAGCCAGACAGCUUUGCUUAAUAGCACACUAGCAGGCCAGAGUGCCGGGAUCACGGUUACCACGUCUGUAGCACCUACAAGCGUUACGAUGCUUGCUGGUCUCGGAAUAGGCGGCAUUUCUAAAAAGCUCUCAGCCACGACUGCCCCUCUAAACUUAACAGCAGUGACGAUAUCACCGACUGGUGCCAGUGGAACCAAUUCCAUCUCGCGACAAUCAGGAGUCGGCGCUCAAGUCAGUGGUAUUGGAUCAACACCUCUUCUGGCCGGACACGAGGCAGGUCCAGCAAUUGGACUCGCAGCUGGGGCCCGAGCUUUGUCACAACUAGCUGGAGCCAGUCAGGUUCGUUUCUGUUUGUGA